UGCCGGUUUGCGCUGAAGUGCUUUUCGGUGUCUUGUUUGUUUUUCCAGAUUUUUAUCCCUAUUAGUGCUUUAUCCACCUAAGUCCGUUAAGUUGAGCCUCUGCUCCUUCGGCCGUGUCGAUUUUGUGCUUGAGGUGAUCGAAAUCUUGUGAAUUUUGUGCUUGAGAUAGGACUCGUUGACCCGUUUUGUGAUAAUUAAUAUUUAUCAUGUCUAAUAGAAAGUGUUGUGUUCCCGGAUGUACAAAUGGCUUAGGUAAGCAUUUAUCAACAUCCUUAAAACAAAUAGUCGUCAUUUUGUCACGACUCCACUGAAUUCUAACUUGUUACCCUUUUUUUCAGACACUACGGGGUAUUUACAUAAAUUCCCUAAUCCAGAUAAGGAUAGGCAGCUAUUUAAUACAUGGGUCUUUCAUAUUGGUGGUGACAUUUUGCAACUUGAAAAUAACCAUAUUUUCAAAUACCGCCGCGUCUGUAAUGAUCAUUUCGAACCAAAAUAUUGGUGCCGGAAUAACCGACUUGCCAAAGGAGCUGUACCUACAAAAAACAUGCCAGGAUUAUCUUGCUCGAAAUUCAGCAUUGAAAAAGAGCACUAAGACCUCUUCAGAUUUCAGGACCGUCUACAUCAAAAGAACCUGCGCAUCUACAUAUACACUCACAAGGUUCAAUUGAAGAUGUACAAAUGAAAGAGAAUCUUGAUCCUGUCACUUCAGAAUCUCAGUCUGUACACAGUGAUAGACAGCCUCAUAGUGAAGAAGAAAAUGUUGAGGUGGUGAAAGAUCUUGUGCAUCGCAAAGUUAAAUGUGUUAGUAAGAAGGCGGUAAAACAGGUUGCUGUUACGAAAACUGAGCGUGCUCUGUAUCAGAAAAUGCUGCAAGUUGGUGUGAAACUCAGCAAAUGCCGUAGCAAGGUUAAAAAGCAGGCAAUCAAGAUCAAGGCCCUGCAAAAUAUUACUACAAACCCUCAAUUUUUAGAAACUCUAGACAAAAUGUCUAGCACAUCAAAAUUUUAA